GAUCUAAACAAGCACAAAUCACCAAAGCCACGGUCCAAAAUUGAGUGAAAAGCAUUCCCAGAAGAACGGAGGUCCACAAACUUUGGGCCGUAUAGUGUAAAUGUCACUGCAGAGUUAAGAAAUAGUCCAGCAAUCCAAAAGAUGUUGAGCUAUCUGCAGUGCUGUGAUUAGCAGACUAUACAAUGUUCGUCACGCAUUGUGCAUUGAAAAAGAUGGCCUUUAUUCUCUAACAAACUCUGGGUGUUGAGGAAGUUUUUAAAAAUCCCGGUAAUGCCAUUGUACUUGAUAUACUCAAUGCAGUGCGACACACACUCAGUCCAAUUUCACUGUGCCUCUAAAAACUGAAUCCAAAUAACAAUAACAAAAUGCUGGUCACUGCUACAGUAUAUAAAGAAGGGAACACAAGCAAUAGAUGGAGUACAGUCUGCAGUUUUACAUCAACACUGACCUAGAUGUUUGUUUUAACCAAUGAAAUGGCAAAUGAGUGAAGACGCAACGUAGGUGUACCUAAUAAAUUUACAAUGUAGAAUUUUAUAUUUGAUUUAAAAUAUAAAUAUUUGUUUUCCUAAAUUGGAAAAAUAAUGGCAGUUAUUUUGAGAAACUGAGGUCUUGUACCACAGGAAGAAAAGCACUUUCACGUAUUGGUUUGCACUUGUGAUUAAUCAUUAUAACUUUUACAUAUAAACAGAUUGUAAGUCACACAGUCACUGUUUGUUUCUUUCUUUCUGAGAAGCUGUAAAACCUGGCAUUUGACCUGCAUCUCAUACUACCGUGAUAUACAUCCACCUUAUAUAACAUUAUUUAUAGUUAAUAUAAUAUGUGUGUGUAAGUAGUGUUUAUAUAAAGGGUGAAGAGAGGAAGUUGGCAUAAUUUUGCAUGUGAUUUGGGUUAUGAAACAGGAUCAGAGAUGUGAUGAUAGCAAAGUGUUGUCUGCUUACACAUACCGGACCUGAUAACAGCGAGCUAGAGAUGAUUACAGAUUAUUUACUGUACCAUAUACCAGGAUUUAUUAUCAAAGUUAAUUAGAGCUACAGCUGCUCAGAUGUCAGGCUACUGGCAAUGUGAGUGGAGGGGAUGAAGGUGGUGGAGAUUGAGAAAUGUCGCAGUGACAUUAAGAAGCUGAGGGAGGAGAUGGCCUCCAGGAACAACAGUAGUUUCCUGGAUGAAAACAAGAAGCUGACUCCUCGCAGAGAUGUGCCUUCAUACCCAAAGUACAUGCUCUCGCAGCAGACCAUAGAUGCCCUCAGAAAACCCGCCUUCGACGUCUGGCUGUGGGAAUCCAAUGAGAUGCUCAGUUGUCUUGAGCACAUGUAUCAUGAUCUGGGUUUGGUCCGAGACUUCAACAUCAACCCGAUUACACUGAAGAGAUGGCUGCUCUGUAUUCAUGACAACUACAGGAACAACCCAUUCCACAACUUCCGCCACUGCUUCUGUGUCACACAGAUGAUGUACAGCAUGAUCUACCUCUGCAACCUACAGGAAAAGUUUACACAGGUAGAUGUUCUGAUCCUCAUGACUGCGGCUGUGUGUCAUGAUUUAGAUCAUCCCGGAUACAACAACACGUAUCAGAUAAAUGCACGGACAGAAUUGGCAGUGAGGUAUAAUGAUAUUUCUCCUCUGGAAAACCACCACUGUGCCGUAGCCUUUCAGAUCUUCUCCCAGCCAGACUGUAACAUCUUCUCCAACUUCGAUGCUGAAGCCUUUAAACAGAUCCGUCAGGGCACCAUCACUCUCAUACUAGCUACAGACAUGGCUCGUCAUGGCGAGAUUCUGGACUCCUUCAAACAGAAGGUGGAGAACUUCGACUUCACCAAUGAGGAACAUGUCACCUGUUUGAAGAUGGUGCUGAUUAAGUGCUGUGACAUCUCCAACGAGGUUCGGCCGAUGGAGGUGGCCGAGCCCUGGGUGGACUGUCUGCUUGAGGAGUACUUCAUGCAGAGCGACAGGGAGAAGUCCGAAGGCUUACCUGUCGCUCCCUUCAUGGAUAGAGAAAAGGUCACUAAGCCCACAGCUCAGAUCGGCUUCAUUAAGUUUGUCCUCAUUCCCAUGUUCGAGACAGUGAUGAAGCUGUUUCCUCAGAUAGAGGAGGUGAUGGUUCAGCCACUCAGAGAAUCACGAGACAGAUACGAAGAGCUCAAACAGAUCGAUGAUGCCAUGAAUGAGGUCCAGAAAAAAAAGAGUGAGAACCUCACCAUGGGAGGGAAAAAGAAAUGAGUCAGAAGAAUCCUGAUCCUGAAUCUGGAUCCUGUAGUUUGGAAAGCUGAUGAAUGUAGAGUGACGUGACGUGCUGGAAAACUUCCCAGACAAUCCAAAGCCUCUUUCAGGGACUGUGAAUCGUGAUCAGUGCACACACAAGACACCUGACAUUAUUCCAUAGAUAAUAUUCUCUAUUUGCCUUGUUUUUAUUUGGUUUUAUAUAUAUAUAUAAGAUAUAUUAUUUGGGUUGUACAGAUUUUUAGUCACUUUUGUCCUUUAUUACAAAAAUAAAAUGUUUUAAAUAUAA